GACCGACUUCUUUGUCGCUCUGUCUUUUAAGCUGAAAUCCGUUACAUCGAAAGCAAGGAAGUAAAGGUGCAGCUGCCAGGUGAUGGCCUCCGUCAAAAUUGAAUGUGUUUUGAAAGAGAAAUACUCGCUUGGAGAAAGUCCUGUUUGGGAGGAAAAACAUGGCACACUGCUCUAUGUGGACAUCGCUGAACAGAAUGUGUAUAGGUGGAAUCCUGCCAGUAACAUAGUAGAGAAAGUCCAUGUUGAUGCUCCAGUUGGGGCUGUUGCUCCCCGUAGCACUGGGGGAUACGUCCUGGCCAAAGGAAAAACAUUUUCAUUUUUGGACUGGGAGAAAAAAGAGGUUACUGACAUAGCACCGAUCGAUAAUGAGAAAACAAACAUCAGAUUCAAUGAUGGCAAAGUGGAUCCUGCUGGACGCUUUCUUGCAGGCACCAUGGGAAUGGAGACCCGCCCUGGUGAAUUUGAGAGGCACCAGGGAUCUCUUUACGCCUUGCAGACUGACCGUUCUGUAGUCAAACACUUUGAUCAGGUGGAUGUUUCCAAUGGUCUAGACUGGUCACUGGAUCACAAGAUCUUCUAUUACAUUGACAGUUUAUGUUUUACCAUCGAUGCAUUUGACUAUGAUCUGCAGACAGGAAAGAUUUCAAAUCGAAGGGUUGUCUACAAGCUUGAAAAAGAAGAAGUUAUUCCUGAUGGACAGUGCAUCGACAGUGAAGGGAAGCUCUGGGUUGCCUGCUAUAAUGGUGGAAGAGUGCUUCGUAUCGACCCAGAGACAGGUAAAAGGUUGCAGACAGUGAAACUGCCUGUUAGCAAAACUACAUCCUGCUGCUUUGGGGGAAAGGAUUAUUCUGAUCUUUAUGUAACAACGGCUACCAAAAGAAUGGACGAAGAGUCACUUCGGAGAGAGCCACAGGCUGGUGGCAUUUUUAAGAUUACUGGAUUGGGUGUGAAGGGGAUUCCACCAUAUUCAUAUGCGGGAUAGAAUAUUUCCACAAGCAGAUUCAGUGCCAACUGAAAAGAGACCAAAUGAACUGCAGCAGGAUUUGCAAUCUGGAAAAAAGGAACUAGACAAAAUCUUACACUACUUACUGAAAACUGUAAUUUUUAAAAAAAUUUCCAUGAUAUGUGUACAAAUCUAAAACUGGACACAGAUGUGUCAAUUCACUGAAUGAAAAUGUUCCUGCCCACACUGUUUCUCUUU